AUGCCGAUCGACAUGGCUCUACCUCUCUUCCUGUAGGAGGAGUUCAUCUACCGGGGGUCUACUCCAACGCUCCCUCCGUCCCUGAACCCCUGCCUGAGGUUCGAUCCUCCGCCCCCCGUGGACCAGACGGAGACUGAGGACGCCCCCCCGUCCUCCACGAAGGAUGCCAUGACAACCAAGAACCUGGCCAAGAAGCAGGUGACGUUUGCCGACCACCGCGGCCUGUCCCUGACCCGGGUGAAGCUCUUCUCUCCGCUGGACGACCCCAUCGCUAUUCCCCAGAGCGUGCAGUCGAUGCUGUGCUCCGCCGUGUCCCUGGCAGCCCAGCAGGACAGCGCCCUGGCGCUGGACUUCGCCCAGCCGUCCUCUGACUACCUGGUCUUCCGCCAGCGCCUGGAGGCGGACCACGUGUGCCUGGAGCACUGCGUGCUGAAGGAGAAGGUGCUGGCCGGGACCGUCAAAGUCCGGAACGUGUCCUUCGAGAAGCGCGUGACGCUGCGCCUGACGUCCGACGGCUGGCAGAGCCACGCCGACCUGGACUGCGAGUACAUGAAGGACGCGUAUCCCAGCAUGCACAGCGACACCUUCGCCUUCAGCGUGGCGCUGCCCGAGCGGCUGGCGCCGCACCAGCGCGUGGAGUUCGCCGUCUGCUAUGCCGUGGGGGGGCGGGAGUACUGGGACAGCAACCAGGGGGACAACUACUGCAUCGUCUGGGCCUCGGCCAAGACCGGCCGCCGCCCCCCCGCCGACUUUGGGAUUCAUCUGGAGCGGUACGGCAGCCCCACCUGCUCGCACGGGCUCUUCCCCGAUUGGCCGAGCUACGCGGGUUACGAGAACACCGGCCCGUACUACUGAACCGGGACCGGGGUCUCACAACAGCGUGCACAGUGUUGCUAUGGUUUCCUCUGAACGUUGUGAAACAGUCGGCCAAUCGGCAGCGAGCGUGCACACAGCAGGUUGUUAGCGCGCCUGCAGACAGCUGCUCAGGGUUAAGGCCGCGUGACCCUGCAGGCUGUUACCUGGACAGGUAACAGGUGGGUCAUCACCUGCUCUAACUGACUAACCAACCAGUGUUCCAGUGAUGAAUGGAUUAGAUAUUAAUUCUUAAAUUAAUCUCCUAGUGCUUUCCUAAUCAUUAACCAUUGUGAGACUGUAAAAGGUUUCUUGUGUCCUCGGGGGGACAGAGAGGACAUAACGAGACAUUACAGGACGUCAUCCACACGUUAAUCAGGAUGACGUCAUGGUCCGAUGUCUCCAGGUCCCCAACGCCGAGUUCUUCUGGUUUCUCUUUCACAGCGAUGAUGCAGAACGUCACUUCUCACACACACACACAGACGCACACACACACACACACACAGACAGACACACGCGCACACACACACUUAAACACACAUGCUGACGCACACGCACACACACACACACACACACACACUGACACGCACGCACGCACACACAUAGAGACAGACGCACACACACACGAGCACACAGAGACCCACAAAGAGACGCACGCACAGAACACACAUGCUGACACACACAGACAUACCCCCCCCCAACAGGUCCUGCAGCAGAGGAAGUAGUUUUGAGAGAUUCCCAGCGUGGUCCCCCUCCCCCCCCCCCCCCCCCCCCCCCCCAGGUCAGCGAGGAUGACAUGCUCUGAAGCCUUUUACGUGAUGAUGCGUUCGCUGCGCCUCAGAGAUUUGAUGACUGUAAUUUAACAUUCUGCCUUUAUUUUUAAAGUUGUUUGUGUUUACGUCAGUUUUUAGAGAUUCUGGGCAAUAAAGUCGCACAUUUUAGCCUCGUGUUGCACGUUUUUAGAUAUUUAAAUGUGAAGUGUGAAACCUUUAAUCUGCAGGGAUAUAAAAAGAUCAAUAAAACUUAAUAUUUUU